CACUGUUUCAGUCAAAUCCGAAGAAGAGAAAAAACAGGCUUCCGCUAGUGGCAAGGAUGAGUUGAGUCGUGUAGGGACUCUGGAUAACUCUCCACUAGAUAUUUGUCCCAUCAAACUGGAUGGCACAAAUUAUUUACUUUGGUCUCGUACUUUUACAUUAGCCAUUGAAGCUAAAGGGAUGUCUGAGUUCAUUGAAGGCCCUGUUACUGAGCCUACUACUGAUGUUGAACUCAAGACGUUUAAAUCUCGUCGAUCUUUAGCCAUGACUUGGUUGUUUAAUUCUAUGAAGGCUGAUAUUCGUAGUCCUUUCUUGCUUCUUAACACUCCAUAUCAGAUUUGGACUAUUGCCACACAGACUUAUUCUCAGCAGGGCAAUGAUGCUCAGUGUUUUGAGUUGCGAAAGCGACUUCGUACUAUGGAUCAACACAAUCGAUCUGUUGCUAUUUACUUUGCUGAUCUUAGUGGGGCCUGGCAAGAAUUUGAUUAUUAUCAGGGGUUUCAAGCAGUCUGUUCCGUUGAUGCUGGUGCUUGGUUAAAAAGAAUAGAGAAAGAGCGUGUGUAUGACUUUCUUGCUGGUCUUGAUGUGGAGUAUGAUCCAAUUAGAGUGCAGGUGUUGGGUCGUGUUCCGUUUCCAUUUUUGGGCGAGGCCUAUGCCAUUGUUCAACAGGAGGAGAGCAGAAGGGGUGCUAUGUUACAAGCUCCUACUUCUGAUCGUUCUGCAUUGGUUGCUAUUCCGCAGGGACAGUUUGGGUCUGGCAGUGGAAAGUCUCAGUCUGGUACUACCAGUGGGAUCAUAGACCGUAUGUCACUCCAGUGUGAUUAUUGCCACAACACUGGACAUACCAAGGAUUUCUAUUGGAAGUUACAUGGUCGUCCUUCUCGUGGGCGAGGUAGUGGACGUGGAGGUCGAGGUCGUGGUCCCGGGCGUUCUCAGGCUCAGGCACAUGUUUCAGAGUUUGCUACCUUGUCUGAUUCUGGGUUCAGUAUAGGAGUUCAGUCACCUUCUGAUUCUGUUGGCAGUUUCUCUCAGAGGGAGAUGCAAGCUCUCAGGCGUCUUAUGGCUCAGACUGAUUCUUCCUCUACUAUAGCUCCUACUUCCACAGCAGCUCUUACUGCAUCCUAUUUUACUCAUUCAGGUAUUCCAGCUAGUGCAUUUACUGCCUCCUCUGGUAUUCCUUGGAUUAUCGAUUCUGGUGCUUCAAAUCGUAUGACAGGUUGUUCCUCUGUUUUUUAUUCUUAUUCCACUUGUUCUGGUAAGGAUAAGGUUCGAAUUGCCGAUGGAUCGUUCUCUGCUAUUUCAGGAAAAGGAACUGGAAAUGGGGAAGGUGAUUGGCAGUGGUAAAGCACAUGGUGGUAUCUAUUAUCUGGAGCAUGCACCUCAUCCAUCUCAGCCAUCUUUAUCAUGUGGACAAGCUCUACGGGCAGAUAUGAGUUCCACUCUUUCUUUGUUACAUCGGUGGCACCGUAGAUUGGGUCAUCCCUCUUUUGGGAUAUUAGAGAAACUUUUUCCUACUUUAGUUAAACAUUGUCCUAGGGAUCAAUUUUUUUGUGAAGCCUGUGAGUUUGGAAAACAUAAACGCUCUUUUUAUGCACCUAUUAAUAAACGAAGUGAUUCUCCAUUUAUGGUUAUCCAUUCUGAUGUUUGGGGUCCUUCUCCUGUUACUUCUUUAAAGGGCUAUCGAUGGUUUGUUACUUUUAUUGAUUGUUAUUCUCGUGCCACAUGGGUGUACUUACUCCAGUCAAAAAAUGAAGUAUUUUCCUGCUUCAAAUCUUUUCAUAAGAUGGUGUGCACUCAAUUUGAUACACAUAUUAAAAUUCUUCGGAGUGAUAAUGGGACUGAGUAUAUUGAUAAGAUUUUUCGGACAUAUCUAGAUGAUAAUGGUAUUAUUUUUCAGACGACUUGCGUUGACACUCCACAACAAAAUGGAGUCGCUGAGCGUAAAAAUCGUCAUCUUGCUGGGGUCGCUCGAUCUCUUUUGUUCACUAUGAAUGUUCCCAAAUAUUUAU